AUGACAAUUUAUUUCAUGCUGGAGGAAGAGGAGAAGCGCCGCCGUCGUGGCCGGUGGCUAGUGUAUCUCUGGCUGAGAGAGGACCGCAGAGGGACCAGACACCUGUACUGCAGGAUAAACCUGGCGGUUCCUGUGCUCCAGAGGUUUUUCGGUCAGGGGGAUACAAGACCUGACUUCAGGCUGAGCAGAGAGUCUCUGGCAGUGCUGCUGGACCUCCUCCAACAGGAGCGGAGACAUGGAUGGGGUGCCACAAUUGAGACCUUGGUGUUCCUCUUCUGGCUGGCAAGUGGGGCAUCGUACAGGGUGGUCUUGAGGGUGUUCGGGAUGCCUUGCUCCACUGUCCACCGCAUCGUCCAACGAAUUACUGCGGAGGUGGUGGCCGUUCGCCACAAGGUUAUCUGCCUCCCAAAGACCGCAGAAGAUCUUGCGGCAGUAACUCAUGGGUUUGCAGGGCUGGCAAGACACGCAGCCUUCGGGAAAGCUGCAGGAGCAAUCGACGGCUGCCAUGUCAGGAUCAAGCCACCAAGUAGCCCUGAUGGUCACUGUUAUAAGAACAGAAAACUGUUUUACUCAAUAAUACUUCAGGCAGUUUGUGACCAUCAGGGCCGCUUUAUUGACACGUACGUGGGCUGGCCGGGGUCGGUGCACGACUCCAGGGUACUCCGGCACAGCCCACUGUACAGGCGGGCGAUCUACCCUCCUCCAGGGCACUUCAUCCUCGCAGAUGGUGGGUACCCCUGCCUCCAACGACCACUCCCCCUCAUCACUCCCUACAAGCGGCCGGUACAAGGUGUGGGAGCCCAGCGCUUUAACAGCCAUCAUUCCAGGGCACGCUCUAUCAUUGAGUGUGCCUUUGGAAUGAUGAAGACCAGGUUUCGCUCCAUCUUCCUGCAAGCGCUGGCGGUGCACCACACCUUUGUGCCUCAGGUCAUAACAGCAUGUACAGUCCUGCACAACAUCUGCCUGGGGGCAGGUGACAUCAUGGCCCCAGAGGAUGAGCUGCAGGACGACAUACCGGAGGAUGAGGGGGAGGAGUUGGAGGCCGUCAGUGGUGCUCCAUGGCGGGACCAGCUGUCUGCCCUGGAGGAGGUCAACCCUGACCACGACUAUCUUUAG